AUGCAACUUUUGAACGCUGUGUAUUGCUUUUUGUUGUUAACACUCGUGUCUGCUAAUCGUUACUUGAUUUCAUUAAAGUCAACAGAGACCUUAGACUCAUUUUUCAAAUAUGACAUCAAUUACCCUCUGGGGCAGAGAGCAAAAGCCUUUGUCAGUGAUAUGUUCUCAAUUGGCAAUUUUUCUGGUUUCUCGGGAGACUUCUCUAAAAGUGUUAUGGAAAGAUUGAAAAAGUGUCCUAUGAUAGCUGAUAUUACCCCAGACAUCAAUGUAAAGGCAUAUGAAUUGGUGACACAAGAAGACGCACCCAGACAUCUUGCAAGGUUGUCUCAGAGAAAGAAACUAAUGGAAGAUUUCAAGUAUGUUUAUAAUUCCCUGUCGAGUGGUUUGGGUGUGAACGCCUAUGUCUUAGAUUCAGGUAUCGAAAUUACACAUCCUGAGUUUGAGAAAAGAGCAAAAAUAGGUAGAGAUUUUACUGAAGAAGGAUCGGGAGACAUUAAUGGGCACGGAACUCAUGUGGCUGGGAUCAUUGGUUCAAAGCUGUAUGGUGUUUCGAAAAAUGUGAACAUCAUUGAAAUUAAAGCUUUAGACCAAACAGGGGCUGGGUCCUUGAGUACCGUUAUUGCAGCCAUAGAAUUCGCUGUGAACCAUAGAAAAGACAGCGGUAAGCCGGGCGUUGCCAACCUCUCUUUAGGCGCAGUUAAAAACAAGGUCUUAAAUAUGGCAAUUGAAGCAGCAGUUGACACUGGGCUAGUGGUUGUUGUAGCAGCAGGAAAUUCUAAUGUCAAUGCCUGCAUGACUAGUCCUGCAAGUGCUGCCUCUGCUAUCACUGUUGGUGCGAUUGACGACCACUUUGAUAGUAUUUCAUCAUUCUCGAACUGGGGAGAAUGUGUAGAUAUAUUUGCUAGUGGCACUGCUGUGCAUAGCGUUAAUGCCCGUAACACCGAAAGAUCACAAGUACUCUCCGGAACGUCCAUGUCAGCUCCAAUAAUAUCUGGCUUGGCUGCAAAUUUGCUUAGUGAAGGCGUACCUCCAGCUUCAGUUAAGGACACUAUAAUCGAGCUUUCAACGAAAAAGAAGAUCCCAAGGUCUUCAUUAUUCUUUAAAAAAAGAACUCCAAACAGAAUUGCAUAUAAUGGAAUGGAGACUAUGCCUGACGAAGAAUCAGAUUCAGAGUCAGAUUCAGACGAAGAUUAG